CUCGUCCCGCACAGCCAAAACAAAAAAAAAAAUCCCCUGAUUGAUUCCUUGCCUUGCCGUCGAUGCGCCGCCUCUCUCCGGCCGCCCCUCUCUGGCCGCCUCUCUCCGCCCCCCCUCUCUGCUGUCUCUACCGUCAGGCGCGCCGCGUCGCCGAUGCCUCCUUCUCCGCCCCCCCUCUCCGGCCGCCCCUCUCCAACCGCCGGUCUGCCCCGUGCGGGUCAAUCCAUGCAACCGCCGGUCAUCUCCUUGCGCGGCAACUGCCGAUCGUGGAGAUUACCACCUCCAGCACAAAAUGCUCAAAGCCCCCUCCCCGCCCUUGUUCUCCCCUCGUCUCCCAGUCACCUCUCUCAAAUCCGGCGACUGGACCAGCUGCUGCCGCCACUGGGAAACCUCCGACCACAGAAUAGGUCGGACGCCGCCGGCAGUGGCCACGCUGCUACGUCGUCCAUCUUGCUCGUCGCCCACCAGAAGACAGGAGGGCGUGCACAGGACGUCUUCCUCCUCCUUACGCCGCAUCUUUGGACGAAGAAGCGUUGGUGGAGGGCGGUGGCUCCAGGGGCAGUGACCAUCGCGACGAGGCAACUGCAGGGUACACGAAGGAGUUCUACUUCCACAACCUGCUGCUCGAAUCCUAUUCCUUCUACUGGUUCAGGAGAUACCUGACCAAGGUUUUCGUUAUUGGCCACAUUAUCUGGAUGAAGUUAAGUUAGCAACAAAGUUAGUAGGGACCCUAUCUCUCUACCGCUGAUAGCCUGCCAAGCAUUCAACAAGGUGAGAAUUCUUCAUUGAUCGUUGGUGCUAAUAUGUACAAAUCAUGCAGUAUCUUGCAAACAUGAAAGCAGAAUCUGUAGCAAAGACCUGUGUCAUGGCCUAUGUUUAUCGUGAUCACUGAAUGGCCUCACUUUAAAAAGACUGUAGCAUGAUAAAAGCAAACCCUGCUAAUGAUAUUCCUUACUGCUUCAUUAUUUAUUUUCAGUUGCUUUACCACAGCAGUAACAAUUGACAAAUUGAAAAAAAGGAAGUUUGUAUAUGCUGCUUUAGAAAUUGUAUUGGAGAGG